CGACUCACCAAUUGGCUGCAAAACUUUUGCUAGAUUUUAAAAAAAAAAAUCUGGGUCCCCUACGGGAAUGUGCUGAAACAUGGUUUUUUUCCACCAGCAGGAACAGCAGUUAAAUCUCUGGGUUUGUCAGAGCCGAGCAAGCCGCAGAAAUGGAUUGCCAGAAAACGCUGCACAGCUGGCACGAACUGAUCUCUCAAGAACUGGACUCGGUGGUGGAUUUUUGGCUACGGCAUUCCCAUGAUAAGGAAUAUGGAGGGUUCUUUACAUGUCUGGACCAGACUGGAAAAGUUUAUGAUGAUCUGAAAUACGUCUGGUUGCAAGGCCGACAGGUAUGGAUGUAUAGCCGGUUAUAUCGAAAAGUACCAAGAUUCCAGCGUCCUGAACUCCUAGAGGCAGCCAAAGCAGGUGGGGAAUUCCUGCUGAAGCAUGCACGAGUAGCCCCACCUUCCCAGAAAUGUGCCUUUGUCCUGACCCGUGAUGGCCGGCCUGUGAAAAUCCAGCGCACCAUUUUCAGCGAGUGCUUCUAUGUUCUUGGGUUGGAUGAACUUGGUCGAGCUACAGGGGAAUCUCAUUAUCAGAGGGAGGCCCUUGCAAUGAUGGAAGCCAUUGUGCGUUGGGUGAGAGAGGAUCCCUCUGAGUUGGGUCGUCCACAGUUGGCAGGCGCUCUCCCACAUGACUCUAUGGCUGUUCCUAUGAUGCUUCUCAACUUGGUGGAUCAGCUGUCAGAAGGAGAUGCGGACGUUGCAAGCCGCUUCAAGGAACUGGACAACUGGUCUGCUCAGAGAAUACUCAGUCACGUUCAGAGGAAUGGUGCUGCGGUUCUGGAGAACGUUUCUGAAGAUGGCAAAGAAUUGCCAGGGUGUUUGGGAAGGCAGCAGAAUCCUGGUCAUGCAAUUGAAGCAGGCUGGUUCUUGUUCCGCUGCGCCAUGCGCCAGCACAACUCAGACCUGCAGUCCCAGGCAGUGGACAAAUUCAUGAAACAGCCAUUCUACUCAGGCUGGGAUCCUGAACAUGGGGGACUCUUUGCCUUCCAAGACGUUGAUGGUCUCUGCCCCACACAGCUAGAGUGGAAAAUGAAGCUUUGGUGGCCACACACAGAGGCCAUGGUUGCAUUCCUGAUGGGUUUUGCUGAGACUCAAGACCAAGAGCUUCUGGAACUAUUCCACCAGGUGGCCAAUUACGUCUUUGCUAAGUUCCAUGAUCCAGCAGCAGGAGAAUGGUUUGGCUAUCUGACCCAGGAAGGCAAGGUGGCUCUCACAAUCAAAGGAGGGCCAUUUAAAGGUUGUUUCCAUGUCCCUCGUGCUCUCUAUAUGUGCGAAGAAAUUCUGAAAUCCUUGGUGGAGACAAAAUCUGCCGUUCAGAAAUGAAAUGUUCUUUUGAUGUUUGUAAAAGGCUGUAUUUUCUGCAUCUUCUGCCCCCAAGAAAGUCUAAUUAUAAAAAUGCUCCUUUCUGAUUAUUUCGAAACUCCCCCCUCAAAGCCACACACUUCUCAUUUAAGAACCCAAACAGCCAUUUUUACCUGUGUUUUUUUGCUUUUAGUUAUUUUAGAAAAAGAAAGUCCCAGUCAUUUCUCACUUCAAAUUCAAAAAGUUGGUUAUUUUUUACCUGUGAUCUGACUAGAUUUGGCAACACCAUUAUAAAUUAGCCUGCCAGGUGCUACAGAGCCAUGCUUCUGCCACUUUAUAGGCAACUUACAAGAGCAGAUAGAUGGUUAAAUGUUGUUACAAUGAUACGCAGUUUCUGUCAUGAUGGGAAAAUAUUUUUAAUGCCUACUUUCUCUCCCUGAUGAUGGACUAUUUGCUGGUCAUUGCCAAACAUGUGCACUUUCAUGUGGAUCUGUGCAAUAAAGACACAAAAUGUUCUCAAAUACAAA